UCGUUGCCGGGUCAACAAAUCUGACAAAACACGGCGGAGUUGGACCAGUAAGGAAGAGGAAACACUGAUGGCAGCGUUGAAAGAAUUGGUAGCGCAGGGAUGGAAGUCCGACAACGGCUUCCGGGCAGGUUACUUGAACAAGCUAGAAGAUGCGAUGAGGGCUGCAUACCCAGGCACAGAUUUGAAAGGCGUCCCCCACAUUAACUCCAAAAUAUGCGCAAUGAAAAAGAACUACUACAGCUUGUCCUUGAUGUUAGGACGUACUGGCUUUGGGUUUAACGCUAAUGGCACCAUUGAUUGCACAGACGAAGAAUGGGCUGAAAUAGUGAAGAAAGACCCAAAUGCUAGGUUGAUGAGGGAUAAGCCGUGGCCGCUAAUAGAUGACUGGAAACUAGUGUUCGGUAAAGACAGGGCUACGGGAGAGCACGCGGAGGAUUUAAUGGAUGCGGUGACUGCUAUGUACCGCCGUGAGAACAUUGCGCAGCAUGCACCUGAUGGAGACUACCAUGUCAACAUGGAAGAGGUGAAUGAGAAUGAGGGGGUGGAUCAGAAUGAGGGGGUGGAUGAGAGUGUCAGUCAAAAUCACAAGGGAGCUGAGAGGGCACGUGAAGAGACUAGUGGGGGCAGAAAGCGUAAGGCAGCUCGCGAGGAGACGGGUGGUGCUUAUGAGAUGCUGCUGCGUGAGAUGAUGAAUAACACAGGUCAGAGGUUGGAAACUCUUGCGAAUCGGGUCGGAUAUGAUUUCGAUAUUGGAAAGGCGAGGAAGGAGGUAUUUGAAGUAUUGAAGGCUAUCCCUGAGCUGUCAUUGGACGAGAGGUUCGAUGUCUGUGAGUUGCUUGCGUACAAGGUGGAACGUCUUGAGAUUUUUAUGGGACUGCCCGAAGAUGCUCGCCCCGCGUAUGCAAAGCGCCUCCUCGAGGGCCGUAACAAAUGAAAGCUAUCGUGCUAUAUUAUGCCUUUUGUAUAUAUUUUGUACAGCUAGCUAUAUGCAUGAAGGUUACAUUCCAUGCUUAAACACUACUUGGCUGCUCCAAUGUGUUCUAGGACACUAGUUUUUUGUAAUUAUGUGGCAUUAUAUUGCCCGUUUGAACUUUGUCAAAAC